GCAGCACGUCCCGGGGCUGUCGCCGCCGCCCCAGGAGGAGGAGGAGCUGGAGCAGGAGGAGGGAAGAAAGAAAAACCUUGGCUUCUUCUGGCCCCCCAGACAGCCAGGCUGAGUCCACCAUGACGACUUUGCCACCUGUGCAGAUAGAAUACUCAAAGCUCGCCCUCUUAACAAGAAAGAGGAAGACAUGUUCCCCGUCAGGCCUCACAAAGGCCCAAUUGUUGAAAAUUAAAGGUGAGACUGAUAAGUAUCUGGAAUUGAAAUGGAAAGGGUUGACAAAAGAAGAAGCGGCUGGCCCCGCUGUCUUUUCUGUGUUGGAAACUGGAGAUACAGUGAGAACCUGGGUCACCUUGAGCCUACUCAGCGUGGCAGGGGCUGCUGGUGUUCCUCAAGGUGCUCUCGCCUUCCAGGCCACUCUUGAGCCCCGUGCUUCUCCUCGGGCCGUUCACCUGCCCUGCUUCCGGCUCCCUCUUCCAGCCUCCACUAUAGAAGCCCAAAUGCUGGAAGGUGGCUCUACAACCAUGGAUUGGAGCAAUCCUGCCAGAGUGGAGCGUCAGUCCUGCCGGAGUGGUUCAGGGCGUCAUCUUGAAGAAGCUGCUGAGCGUUAUGAAACCUUCCAUGAAAUGACAGAGGGACGGUUAUGGCAAGACUUGAGCGGCCACAAUCUCCACUCCACGGCCUGUGAAAAUCUCCGGAGGAUCUACACGAUGCUAGCAGAAAGAAUGCUGAAUGACAAACAAUACAAACAUGCUAUCAAGACUCUACUGAAAGCUUGUGCAAAAGCCAAAGAAGGGGGUGACAAAAAGAUGGAAGGAGAAGCUGCCUUUGCUUUAGGUUUAGCGUAUCAUGCAGCUGGAGAGUUCGAAUUGGCAAAAUCAAGGAGGAGUGGAGAGGGGGAAGAAACAGAGACUCCAGAAUCCCCAGAGACCAAUGUGCGUUACCGUUACUCCCUGAUCUCCAGCACUGUGUGCGUCAUGGGUCUUCAUAUCACAUGGAUGCAGGCAGUCACCCUGUGCAGCGGUGAGCUCAGGAAGGGGAGGGUGACAAGACUGGGAUUCUAUACAAAAGCCUGUGAGUGCUUUAAGCAAGCUUUUGAUACAACCACUGAGUUCACGGAUAUCCCGCUGGUGGAUGAGACCAAAGUCCACUUUGGAAUUGCCAAGGCUCACCAGAUGAUGAUAGCAGUCAACAGUUACAUAGAAUCUGCUGACUUCAACAGCCUCACUCACCUGCUAACAUGGAAGGAGAACCGAAACAACAUUUUCCCAGAACCCAUCGUUGAGCAGUCGAGUGACUCCAGAAACAAAAGGCUUUCCAGUGAACAAUCAAGCAGAGAGCCAGAGGCUGACAGCCGUCAGGAAUCUAAGGAGUGUAAUUCUUGAAGCGGCUUGAACAGCCAAAAAUCGAGAAGAUAAAAAAUCACCUUGAACCUUGAGAAUUUUAUUUACAUAGGAAUAUCACUGUAGGCAUAGACUGGUUCAAUAAAAGUCACCAUGAUUAUAUUUUUAUACAAUCGUGCAAUUCACAGGAAUCACCAAUAUGGUAGUCCAGACUAUUGAAAUCCAUAAAAAUAAAAUGCCCCCCAAAAGAUUAGAAAAAAAAAUCACUUAGCAAGAAAAUGAAUGACUUAUACUAAAACUGUCAUUUUUUUCUUCUGUCUCAAGAAUAGUGACACUAGGAAUUAAAAGUUUAGUUAACUGUUUCAAGUAACAAAAUAAUUAUAAAUAGAUCCAUUUAAGGUUUCUUCUAAGCUAACAAAAAAAAAAAUAGUAUUUGCUAAAAUUCCAGAGAUGCUUUUCUGUAAGGAAUGAAUCUUUUUUGCAAAAAGUACUACUAUGUUCUUCAGGGCUGUGGCACAUAAUUUGUCGUCCCUAUGUCGAAAACCCAUUGUCUGUUGUCUUAGUUAACAAUAUGUAACCUCCUCUGCCCUGAUCAAUAGUGAUCGAGUGCAAUCACAACUUACAGAAAACUAGAGUCUGGAGAUUCUUAGAAAAAUCUUGGGCCCCUCCCCCUUGAUAAGCCCAGCAGGUUAGAAGGUUUAGUUGAAGAGAAUAGUAGAAGCCACUGAUAAUUUUUUUAAAGUACAGGAGAUUUUUUUUUUUGCCAUUUAUGGGGUGAU